CAUGGCUUCCAAAGAUCAUGUCGCGAGUCUAAUCGAGGAGGUAAUUUGUCCCAUCUGCCUGGAUUUCUUCACUGAUCCAGUAUCACUGGAAUGUGAACACAAUUUCUGCCGCUCCUGUAUCACACGCUGUUGGGAAAGGGAUGAGAACAUCUCCUGCCCGGAAUGUAAAACAGAGUUUGCGGACCGGACUCUCAAAGCAAGUCGGGUGUUAGGGAGACUGGCUGAGAAAGCUCGAAAACUAUAUCUGAAGCCGAAAGAAAAGGAAAGUAAACUUCACUGCGGAGAACACGAGGAAGAAUUGAAGCUGUUUUGUGAAACUGAUAGGAAAUUGAUCUGCGUGAUUUGUGCGGCUGCGCAGGAACACAAGUGUCAUGACUUCAUGCCGAUUAAAGAAGCUGUUAAGCUCUACAAGGAUCGGGUGAAAUCUUCCAUAAAAUUUCUCACAGAAAAGAAAUCAGUGCUCCAGGAAAUGGAACGGCAAAAGAAAGAGGAUAUCUCCCGAGUUCGGGAGCAGUCCAGCAGCCUACAGUCCCACAUCACUUCGCAGAUUGCUGAAAUACACCAGAUUCUCAACGAGAAAGAGCAGCGCUUACUCAGAGAUCUCAGAGAUGAAGAGGAGAGGAUUCUAAACUCAAUGCAGAAAAACCUUCGAGAAAUUCAAGAGAAUUUGAAUUCUCUUCUGGAGGAACUCUCAAAUUUACUGCAACGGUUGGAUAAAAACGACAGUGUGAUGUUUCUGCAGGAGGAGUCUCGCCAGAAGAGCAGGUAUACUGAUGAGGCCCAGACAGUGUCCAUGACAGAUGGUUCCUUGCCAGUAGAAAAAAUCGAUCGGCCCUUAUUGUAUACGGUGUGGAGAGGAUUGUUUGAUGCCAUAAAGCAAGAUUCUGUUACGUUGGAUGUGGAUACAGCGAGCCCAUGGCUCGACGUGUCUGAAGAUCGGAAGAGUGUGAGAUGCACCGACACUUGGAGGGAUCUCCCUGACAAUGGGAAGAGGUUCAGAGACUGGGAAUGUGUUCUGGGAUCGGAGGGUUUCACGUCGGGGAGACAUUACUGGGAGGUGCAGGUGACGGGCAGUCGGGUCUGGAGCCUGGGAGUCGCCGCAGAGUCUGUGGAGAGGAAAAAGUGGGUCGCUUUAAUACCAGAGACUGGAGUAUGGACCAUCGAGAGAAAUGAAAACCAGCUUUACGUAAACACCUGCCCUGAAUCCCGUCUCCGUACCCGUCCCAUUCCCUGGAAGGUGGGAGUUUAUCUCAGUUACGAGUUUGGAACAGUUUCAUUUUACAAUGCCAGCACCAAGUCUCAUCUUUACACCAUCACUGGGAAUAAAUUCACGGAAAAACUUUAUCCGUUCUUCGCGACUUGGGACAAAAAGUGGCUGAGAAUCUGCUCUGGAUCUGUGAAAGAGGGUCUGGUCCCGGGACCGGCAUCGCAGCAGGGGUUAGAGGCUGUGACGCAGAUACCCUGUUGACAGGUUGGCGCGCAAAGGGUUCCAAUCGAUCCCCAAAUUCCGUAUUGUAAAACCCCCCAUGAUCCUGAACAUAAAUCCGGUGGAAAUGUA